ACAUCCGGCGGAAGGAAAAGGCCUCUCUGUUGACUGUUGGCGACGCUUCCGCUACUCGAGGUGUCGGAGGACCUCCUGCCGAGGCCAUGGCGCCGGUGUCCCGCUCGCGGAGCCCAGAGGAGUCGCCGCCGCCGUCACGGCGGGAUCGGAGCGGCAGCUCAGCCAGCCCUUCCCCGCCCAGGUCCAGCCGGAGCAAGAGGUCCCGAGCCCGGUCUCCGUCCCGGUCUCGGUCCCGCGAGCGCGGCGGAGGCGGAGGCGGGUUCCGUCAGCGGCCCGUCCCGCUUCACCACUUCGGCCACCGCCAUGGCCCAGAGCACUACGGCAAGGAGCAGGAGGAGUCGCUGAGGCAGAGGCGAUUAAACGAGAGAGAGAGAAUAGGUGAACUUGGAGCACCUGAAGUUUGGGGAUUCUCACCAAAGGUUCCUGACCCAGACUCUGAUGAACACACUCCUGCAGAAGAUGAAGAUGGUACAUCUAAAAAGAGCAGCUCUUCUGAUUCCAGCUCAGAAGAGGAGGAGAAGAGGAAGAAAAAGAAGAAAAGGAAGAGAAAAGCUGCUUCACGUAUGUGUGAACCUGUUGUGCAAGACUUGCGUUCAAAUUCCCAUAGUGAUGAGGAAAAAAAGAAAUCCAAGAAGAGGAAAAAGAAGCAUAGGAAAAAAAAGUCCAAGAAAAAAAAGAGUAAAAAGAGCAGGAAAGACUUCAGCGAGUCAAGCAGCGAAGAUUCUGAUGACGACGAACAGCAAGAGGAUGAUCUCUGGAUUGAGAGAUCAAAAAAUGCAGAUGCUGUGGAUUUCAUAGGACCAGAAGCUCCCAUUACUCAUGCCUCUCAAGAUGAUCGGCCCUUGAACUAUGGACAUGCUUUACUCCCCGGUGAAGGCGCUGCCAUGGCGGAAUAUGUAAAAGCUGGAAAACGCAUCCCUAGGAGAGGUGAAAUUGGUCUAACCAGUGAAGAGAUUGCAUCAUUUGAGAAGUCUGGCUAUGUGAUGAGCGGCAGCAGGCACCGGAGAAUGGAAGCCGUGCGUCUGCGUAAGGAGAACCAGAUCUACAGUGCAGAUGAAAAGAGGGCCCUGGCAUCUUUCAACCAGGAGGAGAGGCGGAAGAGAGAGAACAAGAUUCUGGCAAGCUUCCGAGAGAUGGUCUACAGGAAAACCAAGGGCAAAGACGACAAAUGAGCAGGAUGCUCUUCUUGUGCAUAUUGACAAUCGUCUCCUAUUACAGCGAUUCACAAACAGGUGUCCAGCAUCACAGCCCUACUUGUAGGGUGUACUGCUGGUUGAACUUCAGGAAAUGGUUUAUAUGUAUCAAUAGGAACCUUGACAGGUGUAUGUGGAUAGCCUGUUCACAAAUUUGCUGUACGGCAUUAACAGCAGCAGAAGGACAAUGACCUAAAUGAAAUGAGACAAGGCUCUAUUGCAGACUAUCCCAAAAUAUUGCUAGGAAUCCAAGGUACUGUGCCAGUUGGAGGAUUUAAAAGACACUUUGUAAAAUUCUGAGCAGCAAAUCAAGACUUGUGGAACUGAAACUUGGCAUUUUGUUAAAGUUGCUUUGUUUUCAAUCCUUUGCUAAGAGAAUGUUGAGUGUACAGUAUGAGUCACAGAGUGGAUCAGACUGAUCUUCAAAUGGCAUUAGAUAACCAAAUAAAUGUUGGUGCGCAUAUAUAUAUAUAUAUAUAUAUAUAUAUAUAUAUAUAUAUAUAUGAAUUCUUGGAUGCCAACAUCUCAAGUUCUGGGCAAGUACUCUUUGGUGAGAGAAUCCCAGCAGGGAAUUGGAAGGCCCAAUAUAUUCAGCAAAGUAAACCAUGGAAAUAUAGGCUGUUUUACCUUUAAAAUAUGCGCUUUCAAGUGAGUUCCAAAUUUUCCCUCUUCCCCCAGAAUGGGAUAUGACCACACAUUUGGCAAGUUACAAGAUUGUUUACUAACAAACUCUCCAAAGGUCAGAUUCAUGUGCUCUUCCACACAUCAGUCAGAAAAGUUGCACAGGCAGUAAAACUUAACUUAGUUACAAAGUGAUGAAAGUUCCUAGACAUAGGAAGUGAACUGGCAUAGGAAGUGAAGAGUGGUUUGUGAGAAGCCAUGCUGCUAAGCUGGAGUAACCAGUUCAAACCUCUUCACAUGCUAAGGUGCUCAGGUAGACUGGGAGGAAAUGAUAGGUUUGAUUCCCAAGGUAAGGGAACUGACAUAGCUAAGCCUGGCAGGACAGCUAACUCUAUUGUAUUAACCAUUUCAUGCGUUAAUUAGACUUAAGCAUGUUGGUUAUAUGGGGCUAGUUAUCCCACAAUAACAGAUGGUGCAAAUUUAUUGUACCAUUGAUUGCACAAAGACAAAAAGUCAUUAACACAGCCUUUCUAAGCUUCAGAACAGAUUUGUUUGUUGUAUAUUAGUGAGACUUGAUUCUCUUUUACUAGAUUUUAAGUGACUUAAAUUAUAGUCAUUUUCAGUGGCUCUGAUUCCUUGUAAAUAAAGUUGGAGCAGCUCACUUUGUGCAGAUUUGUACAUUUUAAGUAUUAAUAUAUUUUAUAAUUUUAAUGAGAAGCUGUAUAAUGCUGCAGCAGAGUGUCUUCCAGUGACUAGCCUGUUACUGAGCCAGCAGUGUAAUGGGCAUUUGCGCCCUCCCGUUUCUCUUAGUACAGAUUUGCUUUCAUCAUCCUGUACAUUAACUAGUAUGGGGAAUCUGACUGAUAGCUCAUCAAGAGAGAGAACUAUUUGAAGAUUGGAAGCAUCUUCCUACCUGACUUCAUUGUGCAAAUAGAGUUUCAGUGGAAUGAAACAGGUUAGAUAUCCACAGGCUUUGAUGGGCUGAAAACAUGACCCCUAUUGUAGGCAAAGUCUUUAUGCCAGUAUUGAAAUGUGUCUGGCAUGUGCCACCCACUGUGACUUCUGAGCACCUCUGCUCUUUCAGAAGCUUCAAACCCCUUCUAAAAAAUCUCCCUCCCAAGUUCAGGGGACCGUCAGGGGCACAAGGAACUGUGAUGCAAAAUUUGGGAGGGAGUGGUGAAGUCAUAAAAUGUGUACAGGGAGUGGGCUUGAUGUGCAUCCUGUGUACCAUUCCUUUCACAAUUCCAAAACCACGUAUUAUUUCCGGAAAGUUACAUUUAAAAUUGUUCCCCUGGGUGCACCUUAGUUGUUUUUUAUCUAUGGCUUGUCAGUUUCAAGCCAUGACUCGUUCUUUCAAACAACUAUAAAAAUAAACAUUUGACAGUGUUUGAAAGCACUUGCCAUUUGGAAAAUUGGAACUCGGGGCUGUGGCUCACAAGCAGGUCUUCAAUAAAGAUCACAUGUCAACGGC